AGUGACAUCCAACUCCCAGAAGCAUAUUUUACAGCUUACCCAUUUUUCCACCACUUCCCUCCGCCUCCUCCUCCGCCAUCACCACCACUUGUUUUUCUUUUCCCAAAACCUCUACUUUAAGUCAUUAACAAUAUCAAAGGGAAAAAGGAAGAAGAAAAAACGCCACAAAUUUGGAUCUUGAUCUUUGAAUCCCACACAAUUUUCCAGUUCCAAUCAAAGCUGCAUUUUCUGGAGUCUUCUUGACCUUGGAAAUAAAGGGGAUUUAAGUGAUGGACCGCCAUUGGCCUUGGAAGAAAAAAUCAUCUGAUAAAGCUCAUAAAGCUGCAGCCGCCGCCACCACUGUUGCGGUGGAUCCUUCUGCCUCCCCUUUGGCUUCAGCUGCACCUCAAGGCGAUGAGGAUACACACAAAAAACCAAAAUACGUUCAAAUUUCUGUUGAAUCGUAUUCGCAACUCACUGGUUUGGAGAAUCAAGUGAAAACAUAUGAGGAACAAGUUCAGUCGUUGGAGGAGGAGAUUAAGGACUUGAACGAAAAGCUCGAUGCAGCAAAUUCAGAGAUUUCUGCCAAGGAAGACCUGGUGAAGCAGCACACUAAAGUUGCCGAAGAAGCUGUCUCAGGUUGGGAGAAGGCUGAAGCAGAGGCCUUGGCAUUGAAAAAUCACCUGGAAUCCGUUACGCUUUUGAAGCUCACCGCCGAAGACAGGGCGUCACACUUGGACGGUGCUCUUAAAGAGUGCAUGCGGCAAAUCCGAAAUCUUAAGGAAGAACACGAGCAGAAGUUGCAAGAUGUGGUAAUUAGCAAAAACAAGCAAUGUGAAAAGAUUAAGCUUGAGCUUGAAGCUAAGAUGGCCAAUUUAGACCAAGAGCUCCUGAAGUUCGAAGCUGAAAACGCUGUAAUUUCGAGGUCUUUGCAAGAACGUUCUAACAUGCUGAUCAAGAUUAGUGACGAAAAAUCACAAGCUGAGGCUCAGAUUGAGCGUCUGAAGGGUAACAUUGAUUCAUGCGAAAGGGAAAUUAAUUCACUGAAGUAUGAACUCCAUGUUAUUUCCAAAGAGCUUGAAAUUCGCAACGAAGAAAAGAACAUGAGCAUGAGGUCUGCAGAAGCAGCAAACAAGCUGAAUAUGGAGGGUGUCAAAAAGAUAGCAAAGCUGGAAGCUGAAUGCCAAAGACUGCGUGGUCUUGUGCGGAAAAAGUUGCCAGGUCCUGCUGCACUCGCCCAAAUGAAGCUAGAGGUCGAGAGUUUAGGGCGAGAUUAUGGAGAUACACGACUAAAGAGAUCUCCCGUCCGGCCUUCCACUCCGCACAUGUCCUCUGUCAGCGACUUUUCCCUAGACAAUGCACAUCGAUUUCAUAAAGAGAACGAGUUUCUGACGGAACGUUUAUUGGCAAUGGAGGAAGAAACAAAGAUGUUGAAAGAAGCUUUGGCAAAGCGUAACAGUGAACUGCUAGCUUCUAGGAGUCUCUGUGCUAAGACAUCCAGCAAGCUUCAGAGUUUAGAAGCACAACUUUCUGUCAGCAGCCAACAAAGAAGUCCCUCGAAAGCGAUUGUUCAGAUUCCUGCAGAAGUUUACUCGAGUCAAAAUGCUAGCACUCCGCCAAGUGUUACUUCUGUAUCUGAAGAUGGAAAUGACGACGACAGAAGCUGUGCCGAAUCAUGGGCAACAGCUUUAGUCUCUGAGCUCUCUCAGUUCAAGAAGGCAAAGAGUGCCGAUCAUUCUUAUAAAACUGAUAAUUCAAAGCACUUGGAUCUUAUGGAUGACUUUCUUGAGAUGGAGCAGUUGGCUUGUUCCACAAAUGACUCAACUACAAAGGGUGCAAUUAGCGUUUCUGGUUGCACCGACAAUAAGCUAUCUGAAACCUUCAACGGUGAUUCUUCUGAAAAGCUGCAUGAUCUAUCUCCUCCAGCAAACGAUGUAUCUUCUAAAAUUGAUUCGUCAGAAUUGUAUCCUGAAUCUGAUGUAGACAUAUUGCCGGUUAUGAAGCUUCGAACAAGGCUUUCUAUGGUGCUUGAAUCAAUAUCCAAGGAUGCUGAUGUGGAGAAAAUUCUAGAGGACAUCAAAUGUGCUGUGCAAGAUAUAAAUGGCAGCCAGAUCCAGCACUCCGCAAAUGGUGUCUCAGAAGAAUUGCACGGUUCUGAUGGAACAUAUGGGCAAGUUUAUCCUGAAGAUGCUAGCUUGACUGCAGAGAAGGAAAUUGCUAUGUCCCAAGGUGAUAAGUUGAAUUCAGAAAGUGUGCAAACUUUAAGUCAAGAAUUACCUUCUGCAAUAUCACAGAUUCAUGACUUUGUGCUGUUCCUGGGAGAUGAAGCAAGGGCAGUUGAUGAUCUAUCUUUUGAUGGCAAUGGGUUAAGCCAUAAAAUCGCCGAGUUCUCUGUCACCUAUAAUAAGGCCUUAUGCAGCAAUAUAAGUUUGGAAGAUUUCAUUUUCGAUCUCUCUUCUGUUUUAGCGAAGGCCAGUGAAGUAAGGUUCAAUGUCCUUGGCUACAAGGGUAAUGAAGUGGAAAUAAAUAGUCCUGAUUGCAUAGAUAAGAUUGCUUUACCAGAGAAUAAGGUUACUCAAAAUGGCUCAUUGGGUGGAAUAUAUCAAAACGGCUGUGCCCAUAUUUCGAGUCCAACCUCCAAUCCUGAGGUUCCCGAUGACGGAAACCUGGUCUCAGACUUUGAAUCGAAACAAUCGUGCAAAUUCUCAUCAGAAGAGUUUGAGGAACUGAAGUUGGAGAAAGAAAGAUUGGCAAUGGAUCUUUCGCAAUGUACUGAAAACCUGGAGAUGACCAAGUCUAAAUUACAUGAAACCGAACUGCUUCUAACAGAAGCUAAAUCUCAAUUGGUAUCUGCUCAGAAGUCGAACAGCUUGGCUGAGACACAGCUCAAGUGCAUGGCGGAGUCUUAUAGAUCACUUGAAACGCGUGCAGUAGAGUUAGAGACUGAGGUGAACCUUCUCCGGGCGAAAAUAGAAACUCAUGAAAAUGAACUUCAAGAUGAAAAGAAAAGUCAUUAUGAUGCUUUGGCCAGAUGUAAGGAACUCGAAGAGCAUUUGCAAAGGAAUGGGAACUGUUCCGUCUGUUCUUCAGCAGUUGAAGCUAACAUCAAGAGCAAGCAGGAGAAAGAGUUAGCAGUUGCAACGGAGAAACUAGCCGAGUGUCAGGAAACCAUAUUCCUUCUUGGCAAGCAAUUGAAAGCUCUCCGCCCUCUGACAGAAAUGAAGUGCUCGCCAAACAAUGAGACAAUCCCAAAGGUCGAAGGUUUCCGCGAGGACCAAACCACUACCAGCAACGGGAACUUGCAUGAUUUAAAUCGGGCAGAGGUAGACACUGUUGGUUCCUGCAAUGCAUGCAGAUCGGGUGCAGAGUCGCCUAUGGAUUCGUCAUUUAACACGCCAUGCAGCCCUUCUGAUACUGAAGCAAACCCUUUGAGAUCACCCAUCAACUCAUACAAUUCAAAUCACAAGUCUACCAUAUCGAGUUCUUCAUCUUGCUCUUCCACGCCUACACCAGAGAAACAAUCACGAGGCUUUAGCAGAUUCUUCUCCUCCAAAGGGAAGAACGGUCAUUAAACCUGCAAGCCGAUGGGCGUGAUCAAUGUGGUGCCACUGGACAUACUAAUAAGUGGAAGAUUUGAAGUUUACAAAUCCAUAGUCCUUAUUUGAUGCUAAAGGCUGGUAUUUUGUUGGUUACACUCCUAUUGUGAAGUGAUUUUGUAAGUAAUGACUGUAUAUGGUUUUCAUUUCCCUCCCUUCAAUUGAAUCCCUUUGUUAUUUCGGAGGUAAAUGUGACAUAUUUAGCUCUAAAGCUGGUGAAUAUAUUUUGAAUAUUAUUGUAUGCAGCAGUUUC